CCUAGCUCAGUGAUCGGAGAGACGCCGGGGGAGGUGAACGUUUCGCGCUCUCUCCCUCUUCCCUGUAGUGAAUCAUCUUUUUUUUUAGUUCCCUCGUAAAGAAACUGGUGGGCGGAACAGCUGGGCCCUUCCCCUGCGUGUGGACCGUCGUCUCCUGCAGCGGCGUGUGUGUGGUGUUGCUGCAAGGAGACCAGUGGUUGGCUCCUCCCGCCCAGGCCGAGGGAUGCCCCUGAGCAGCAGCAGCAGCAGCAGCAGCAGCAGCAGCAGCAGCAGCGCCAGCAGGAGCACCUCUUAGUGACCUCCUCGACCGCCGGCCAUAGCAAACCACAUCGCUGAAUCUGAGAGCCUCACACACACACACUCACGCACACACACACACACACACACACACACACACACACACACACACACACACACACACACACACACACACACACUGACACACACAAACACUGACACACACAUACAUUACACACACACACACACACACACACACACACACACACACACACACACACACACACUAACACUGACACAUACAUACACUAACACAUACACUAACACACACACACACACACACACACACACACACACACACAGACACCCCGUACUGUAACCGUGGAUUGUGCUCGCUGUGGUAGUGGUGGUGGUGAGUGUGGUGCCAUUGGUGUGGUGACUGUGAGCUACUACGGCGCAGGAGGAGGAGUGGUUGCUGUGUUCCCAGGAGUAGGGGCGGAGGCGGCGGCGGCGGCUGCGGCGGCAAGGGGAGGAACCAGGUGAUGGGCGCCGCCGUGUGAGGUGACUGCUUCCUCCCCCUCACCCACCACUCACUGCGGGCACACAUUGGACAAGAGCGCCCACCACGAAGCCCUCCUCCUCCUCCUCUUCCUCCUCCUCCUCUUUCUCCUCCUCCUCCUCCUCCCCCAGCAUCCACUCUGCCACCCCUUGAAGGUCCGCUAGUCACUGCUCCACUGCUCUGCCUCGCCAUGGUGUUGUGCUGCAUGGCGUAGGUAAGAAUCAAGUUCUUGGAAGGAUGUGGUGGUGGUGGGUUAUUGGCUGUCCAGUGUUGACGUGUGCUCUGAAUGUUAACGACGAACCAUCACAAGAGUAUAAGAACAAACUAGCACGUCGUGGUCUUACGUGUCGCGGCUCCGUGAUGGCAGGCGAUGCAGGGCCCUCAUCCCGCCGACACCAUGACGCCCUAGGAGGAAUGCCCAGGCCCCGGCACCUCUCCUCCUCCUCUCCCUCCUCCUCUUCCUCCUCCUUAUCCUCAUCCUCCUCCUCUUCCUCCUCGUCGUCCUCAUCCUCCUGUUCCUACCACUCCUGUUCCUUUUCCUCCUCCUCGUCCUCCUCCUCAGCAAGGACCCUCUUCCUCGUCCUUCUCUCCCUCUCCUCUUUCUUCGCAAGUCUGCAGCCCUGCGCCGCUAUUAAUGAUCGGCUUGUGUCUAGCGUCGACGUGGGGCGGGACGAGUCAGACCUCCAGGACAACUUUCCCACCAAGGAACCAACCGUGGCUGAGUCUCGUCUGCCGCCUUCAUUACCCUUCGGUGCUUCAUUCAUUGUUAUAGAGUGUGAUCGGAAGAUAGUGAGCAGCGAGAACGGGCUGGGCGAGGGCAAGUUCGAGGCGCCAGAGCUGGAUAACCCUGAAGGACACGGGCGCCAGUGCCUCUAUACCUUCGUGGCGGGACCCGGCGAGCGCGUGCAGAUCCGCUUCAACAGGUUCAGCCUCCGUGGGACACCGCCAGACGGAUCAACUCUCGGAUUGAGCCCGGCGUGCAAUCAUGAGUACCUGGACAUCUACACGGAGAUCAAGGACCCGACGAAGGAGGACCUGCUCAACACGCCAUUCGGAGGAAGGUACUGUGGAGGCAUCUCUCCGCGCCUCCGCAUCUCCCUCUACAACACCGUGGUCAUCAGCUUCUACACGGACUUCGCCAACACUUCCACCAGUCUCUUCCACGGCACCUACAAGUUCAUCAAUGAGUCCAGGUACAUAUCGGGAGACCUGCAGCUGGGCACUCUCUGCGGCUACGUGAUUCACUCAGAGAUGCAGAGGAAUGGCCAGUUCAUGACGCUCACGUACCCCGGUGCCUACCCGAAGAACAUCACUUGCUACUACAAGUUCAUCGGCAAGAAGGGACAGCGCAUCAGACUGGAGUUCCGCGACUUCGACCUCUUCUACGGCGGCCCUCACUGUCCAUUUGAUCAAGUAAAGAUCUAUGAUGGGUCGAGCCAAGUGUCUUCGCUUAUUGGCACAUAUUGUGGUCAGCAGCGAAAUUUGGUCAUCUUCAGCACAUCCAGCUCCCUCCUGCUCACCUUCAACACACUCGAUCGAAUUGCUGACACCCAGAACAGAGGCUUCCAGGGGAUAUUCAACUUUUCUGAAAGUUACGUUAAUUUAGCUUUCAUCAAUGCCUCUGACUCUGAACACAUCCGGGGAACAGAAUGUGACCAGCGCAUCCUUAGUAAAAAGGAAUCAAAUGGCACAGUGUACAGCCCUAACUAUCCCUUCCCCUACCCUCCUAAUAUCGUCUGUAGGUACUUCAUCUAUGGGCUCCAAGAUGCCCAAAAUUUGGAAAGAGUAAGACUUCAGUUUUUCGAGAAUUUUGACAUACCAGCCGAGCCAAAAGGAGAUAAAAACUGUUCAGAUGGCUACCUGAGGAUAUACCUGAAGGGCCAGGAGACAGAAAAUGCAUAUGACAAUCCUGACCAUGAAGUGUGUGGGAAGACUCUGCCUCAAACAGUGGUAUCUUCAGGGCCCAGGCUUGUCAUGGUUUUCAGUUCAGGAAAAUACCAGGGUGGAAGAUUCAAAGCACAUUACAAAUUUGAAACAGAAUACAAGAUCCCUGGCACACCAUCCCCAGAUGGUAAGUGCAUCUUCACAUACUACAGCUCCAGCCGCAAAGAAGGGACCUUCAAUUCCCCUCGGCACCCGGCUAACUACCCGUCCAGCACCACCUGCGAGUAUACCUUCCAGGCCAACCCUGAUGAGCAGGUUCGGCUGGCAUUUUAUACAUUUGAGCUGCGUAGUGAGAAGAAUAAUUUGACUUAUGGAAACCACUGUCAAGAAGACUGGGUGGAGAUUUACAAUGUAUACCGACCAGAGGGAUCCAUGGAGGAGCGGCAGAGGCUCAAUGGGCGGUACUGUGGUCAGGCAGCACCAGGUCCCAUUGAGAGUGAGAUGGAGGCUGUAGGUCUGCGGGUGGUCCUCAGAACAGACAGCAAGCAUGUACACAGUGGCUUCCAAGCAAUAUAUCAAUUCAAGAAGAAGGAUAUGCUGUUUCGAGACUGUGGUGGCAACAUCACCAAUGAAGAGUAUGGCAUCAUCCGCUCCCCUCACUGGCCCAACAAGUAUGAUGGCCCAGACCCUGACCGUCAAGGGGGAGCAUUUUCUUGUACUUGGUUCAUCCAUGUUCGGCCAUAUCACAAAGUAUUACUCUGGCUUCAGUCAUUUUCUGUUGAGGGAAAUCCAGCUGAGAGAGGCUGUCCUGCUGCCGUGGUACGAGUUUGGCCAGACCUCGAUAAAGUGCCAAUUGAGUUGUGUGGGGAAGGAUUGACUGAUGAUGCUUCUCUAAUUAUCUCCAAGUCAUCCCUUGUGAGGGUAGCCUUUCUCACAGCUGACAGGGCUGUGGGAGCAAAGGGAUUUGAAGGAAUAUGGACAGAAAUUCAGGACAGUCCCAAGUGUGAACAGUUCCUCUGCUCAAAAAAUAACUUCUGCAUAUCCAAAAAUCUGCGGUGUAAUGGUGUACUAAACUGUGGAGUGGGAGACGUCUCUGAUGAGGACAACUGCAUAAAGGACCCAGUGGUGAACGUGCUGAUGCUGGUUGGGGUCGGGCUUGGCAUCUCAUCAGUGCUGCUCAUCGUUGUCUGCAUCUGGUGCCACCGCAAGCACGUGAAGCGGCGGGAGGAGGGAGCGUUGCCUCACCACGUGCACGUGUGUGAGCGCGGCGCACGCUUUGCCUCAGUGGACAGUGUAGGCCACAGCGCUCUGCUUGAUCUGUCACAACAAGCCUUUGGGUAUCUGCGCUUGACCCCUCAUAUCAGCCUUCUACCCAGCUUUCAUGCCACUCUCCAGGGUGAUCGCAAUCUGUCUCCCGUCCUGGGUGCCCGUCAGGCCCAUCACCUGAGCCGCACCUCGCUUCGCACCGAGACAGUUGUCUGAGACUACGCCCAGCACCACCCUCCCUGUGGGCUGAUUCCCCCAGGCGGUGGUGCUGAGGAAUCGCGAACACCCACUCCAACAGCCUCAUCACACCAUGGGCUCCUGAUGUACUGAAUCAGGACACACUCCCAAGAUAUCUUGAUGGCCAUUUUAAGAAUCCAAGAUAGAUUGGCUCACAUACUAUUACAUGCAGAAGAUAACAGAGAAAGAGAUAAUGCUCACCUCAACUUACUUGACUGGUGAAGUACUUGUUAUGGUGAUCUUGUGUUGUUAUUUUCAGUAAUGUGAUAUAUAUAUAUAUAUAUAUAUAUAUAUAUAUAUAUAUAUAUAUAUAUAUAUAUAUAUAUAUAUAUAUAUAUAUAUAUAUAUAUAUAUAUAUAUAUAUAAUUGAUAAACAGAAAAGUUUGGAAACUUGUAGAGACUAAGUUGUUAUGACUUUGAUAUCUAUUGUUUUUGGUGACAAAAUAUCGUUGGAAAUAAGUGAGAGUUCUCGUACCUCUAUUUUUAUGAGAAGUGACUCGUGCAACACUGGAGCUGCUGUGCUGCGCCCCGCUGCAAGAGCUUCUCACAGGUGCUAACAUGAGUGGUGCAGCUACCGUCUGUGGUCAUGCAAGGGCAAUCAGUAAUUUUAUUGUGCUAACAUAGGUUAACAUCAAGCUUAUUAGCAAACACCCGUAACACUAUUAAAACAAAGAAAAGUUAGUACACUGGGUUUUCUAAUGAACACAUUUUUAAUAGAUUUUUUUAAUGAAAGUACAGAUCUAGCAAAUGAUUUAUAAGAAAAUAUGCAGCCCCUGUAGAAUGCAGGAGACUACAAGAAUUUUAUUACUUGAUAGAAAGUGUUAGUUCACAUUGUUAUGUUUCAGUGAUAAAAGAAUUGAUUGCUUGUGAACUUCAUCACAAAUACUUCCUAAGCCACUCAUUGUGAGAAAGACAUUGCAUAUGCAUAAAAAUGCUACCUGGAGGCAUGUAUUAUUAUGGUGCUCAACAGGUCACCAUCAACACUACUGUAAGACGUGUGCUCAAUAUCAGAUAGGAUAAGAGACAGUCUAGUUGUUGUGAUGUUGAGAUUAUUUGUUCCAAUCCUAUUUCUUGCUCAUAUACUGAUGUUCUGAGACCUGUUACCCUUUCUGCACAUCUGUUCCAUCUGUGCUUUUUGCAGUAGUGAGGCAUGGUAGUUCCUCUUUGCUUCUAGACUCACCUUUAUCCCAUUUAUGAAAAAAAAACAUAACAAAAAAAGGCUUUAUGCCUCACUACUUGUUUAGAUCUAGUUACAAUUUUGUUAUGAAUUAUAAUCUUAUAGCAUCAUUUGUGAUUGGCUCCAUUAAUUUAACUGUUCAUACAAUUCUCUAUUUAACUCAUUUUGUAGCUAUUAAAAGUAAGUGGUAUCUCUUCAUUGAUUGGUCACAUCUACCAUCAAAGAGAAUCACCACUCUUAGGACAUUUCUAAUUCCACAUUAGCUUCAGUUCCUGGAGUUUCCACACUACAGUCUUAAUCCUGGCUGAGUCAGGUGGCCAGCUUGUGUCAGAAGCUGCUGGUAUAAUUAUUAUGGUCUUCCCCCUGACAUGGAAUCACGUGAGCAAGGAUAACUUAUUUGAUUCCUGGCCCAGGUCUUCACAAACAUAAAGCGGGUUUAUCGGUGUAAGUGGCACAAAUGUGGACUGGCUGCUGUGUGGUAUCAACCAGAACAUUGAUACGAACAAUAUUGGGUAUCAUGAAGUGUAAUGGUGUACAGCCCCAGGAAGUGGCUGUUAGUACACUCUGGCAUGUGAAGCAAAGAAAUGUAUCUGUUGCGCAUUGUUCUACAUGUCUGUCUCUUUGUUCUCGUUGAGUGUUACGUUGGGAAACAUACAUAUGACUCCCAAACUGAUCAAAAUUAUCACAAACUAAAGAAGAUGAAAAUGCUUAUGCAGAGGCAUCCCUUAAAUCAUAAACCACACUGAGACAAAUGACAAAGGUAGUUGCCCCUCUCUAUGAUUCCUUUGUAAAAUACAUUACUGGAAGUCUCCACUGGACACUAAUCAUUUUCAGGUCAUUUAUGUAAUUUACCCCCAAAUUUACACAUUAGAAAUCCCUCUUGAGUGCAUCCAUAGUUUACAGUCUGGAUAUAGUCUUGGGAGGCAUUUUUUUUAUGAUGUUGAUGGGGAAAAGUGACAUAAACAACCGUAAAAUGAAGGAAGCAAAAAGUGGACUCGCUGUACAUAUGCAUUGAGUGCUUGGGUCACUCAGGUCCCGAAGUAGAGGCGCCCUUGUGUGCUUAUUGCCGCCGCGCCCUGCCUUGGAACGCUUGGGAGGUGUGAUUCUUCAAUGACAGGACAAUGCAAUUUCUUACUUUGACAGCCACAGUUUUCAUAAUGUUUUUCAGAUAAUUUUAGCACAUGCUUGGUGAUUAUUAUUAUUAUUGUUAUUAUUAUUAUUAUUUUAUUUAUUUAUUUAUUUUUUAUUUUUUGGAAUGUUAUACAAAGCUUUUAUGAUGUACUGCUGACUGAGUGUAUGUGCGAGUGUAUAUACAGCAACAACCAACUGCCCUGGUGUUUCCCAGCUUAAUCAUAGCUGUGUUACACUCAUGUAAGAUAUGUAAUGAUCAAUCUGUCUCAGUAUAUCUCAUAGUAUCAAAUAAAAAAGUUUCCAGAUUCCUUUCUAAA